GUUAAUCAGCUAAUCAGGACAAAACAGAAACUAGCUAGCUAAAGGGAAGGUUCUAAAGGAAACCUUGUCCCCGCUUCAAGGAUUCUUCUUCUUUUUUUCCCUUCUUCUUCUUCUUCCUUCAAUGAGUUGAAAUGUUGUCUGAUUACACCCACAGGCAGCAGAUGUUGUUCCUCCGUUUUCCCUCUCAUGUAUUUCUUGUCUUCUUCUUUUUCAUCCCCCCUCCUCUUGAAACCAGCCCCCUUCUGGGUCUUGUCCUAUUCCGAAAGCUUCACAAGAAUCCUUCACCUUUCCGCACGGACACUCCUGGAAGACUCGGGCGCGUCCUGAGAGAGAACUUUCAGUCAGAUUCGGUUGUUUUCAGCUGGUUGUUCAGGUCCCGAACGGAUUUUAUUGCCUUAAAAAUGCGCCAAGAAGCUUCCAGCGCGUGGUAGCAGCGAAGCUAUCGCUGUCUGAGGGCGAGCCGUUAACACACACGUCGCGCGCACGGGGGCUGUGCGAGGCGAUCGGCGCGAGAUGUCUCACGAGCCGUUCAAGCUGGGGAAAAGUUUAAACAACUCGGAUUAUUAACGGAAUCUAACGGAAUCGGUGUGUGUGUCUGUGUGUGUGUGUGUGUGUGGGACAUUCGUCAAAAUGAGCCGAGGAGGAUGAACCGACGGAUAUUUUAACGAUUAAAUAAACAAUAAAAAUACAUAUAUAUAUGAAUAAGGUUCUUCAGGUGAUCUUCACUUUGACGGAUUCUUCGAAGUGGAAAGUUGCUCGUGGGAAUCAAUGCGGUUUCAGUCGAAAGGACGCGCGGUCCGAAACUCACCUAAACGGUAAGAUAAUGAGUUGAUACGUCUUGGGAGUGAUGCACUGGCUUCCCCUGGUUGCCAUGGUGAUUGCCUCGGCCCUGUUCUUCCCUCAUCCCAGUGUGCCCAGGCUUGUUGCUGCAAAAAUGGAGCCUGGCAACAACCUCAGCACCAGAUCACUGGUAAACCCAAUCUCCAAACACAACGGUUCUCACGUGGAAUACGUGUCAAGCAAUAAACAAACGGCAGCAAAAUUACCUCACAGGACGGCAGAUACCCACAUUCAAACCGAUCUCUCAGCUACCAGCACAUCUUCAGUGAUGAAUGAGGACUUUUCGUCUGAAAGGAGGCAAUCUGAGAAGGCAAAGCCAGGCAGGAUUGACCUCGGGCUGCAAACUUCAAGCAAACUUCAAGAACGUCACAAUUCCAAGGAGAACCACAUACUUAAGGACUACACAUCAAGAGCUGGUCAAUUUCUGGAGGACAGCAAGGUAGAAACUCAGAUUGAAGCAGACAGGACAAAAGACAGGGGGCUGAAUAGGAAAAACGAGGAGGUAUCGAUGGAAAAAUUGACAGUUAAAGAGUGGCCAAGGGACCUGCACCCUACAGAGGGGCCUACAAACAAGGAGGACCUGAGGGAGCUCGGUAGAGAGGGAACGAACAGAAAUACAUUACCCACGAUACCCACAAUGUCCCCUGAGGGCUUGGGAUUGGGCCUAGAUGGACUCCUGCAGGUGGAUGAUGACCUUUUGCUGCUGGACACAAACCCUCGAGUGCUGUUCUCCACUUCCCCUUCGCCUCCCAAACAUCCUCCUUUGCAGAUAAUGCUGGAAUUGGGCCUCAUGCCCGAGCAACGUGAAGAACAUGAAACGGAUGACAAGGAGUUAAAGAAGGGCAAAGAUGGAGAAUCCUACAGAAACCUCCUGCUGGAUUUAUCAGACUCAUCAGCGCAAGUGACUCCAUCCCCACACCGUAAAAAGCGGCAACUCGCACACACGGCCAUCGAGCGCUCGGUUUGUGAGUCUACCAGCAGCUGGGUGAUGGACCGGCGAACGGCGAUUGACGUGCACAUGCAAAACGUCACCGUACUCGAGAAGUUUCCUACCAAGAAGGGCAUGAUGACGCAGUACUUCUACGAGACCCGGUGCCGGGGGCCGGAUCACCGCGGAGUGCAAGCCGGGGAGCAUGGAGUGGCCGGAGCUGGCUGCCUCGGCGUGGACAAGCGCCACUGGGUGAGCGAGUGUCAGACCAAGCAGUCCUAUGUGAGAGCGUUCACAUCGGACAACACCAGGGGCACAGGAUGGAGGUGGAUCCGCAUCGACACGUCCUGCGUAUGUGUGUUGUACUCGAGGACACAAAGGAACCGAGCCUCGACCACACGUCAGGGGACGAGAUGAGUGUAACCUGGGGAACAAUUAAGCAAUAUACACUCACCUUUUUAUGGUUUUGUUAUCAGGUACAAAGUGCCUUAUAGCCGAUGACAUGGACUGUAGCCCAUCACAUCUAUCCCAUCCAUCAAUGCAAAGGGAUCAGUGUAAGAACAGAUGUUUGUUAGAUAUUUCUGAAGUUUUGGGUUCAUUCUCAGUACAGCAGUCACACUGACAUGGUAGUGUUUGUGGUGCAGAUAUGAGUGGACAAGCUAUUGGGGGUUUACUGGGAUCAAAAAGUGUCCGUUAUCCAAAAAUCUUGUUUCCCAACUACUUUCAGUAAACUGAAACUGGUAAAAGAUGGAGGAUGAUCAGCUCAUACUGCACAUGUGAGCUUUAGUCUUUAACUGAUCUACAUGGUGAGGUGUGUAAGUGCCUAAGUGUUUAGAAACUCAGUGACCUUCAGCCCAUACACACUGCUGGACCAUUGUAGAUGACGGGUAGUAGGCUUAUCUUCAGAGUCCAGCUCUGUGGUGGAUUUGUACCUACAGUUGUGGUCACACUGGCAGCCAUUUUGCACCAUUGCUCUAUGCUGGUCUUUAGUUUACUGCCUGCUUUCAUGGUUUCACAAGAAGGUAGUGUGAUACUGACACAAUACAACAAAUUUAAAACAAUUCUUUAGUGAAUUUGCUCGUGUAUAAAAUGUAUUAUGUCACAGUCUGUAAUGUCGGAAUGAACCUAAAACGUUUUGAUGAAAGGGUUUGAUGUUUCAAGUCUCACUCACACCACCACCCUCACACUUAUUGGUAGUCCAAAAAUGGCUUUGUUUCUUCUCAUUUGCAUAAACUUUGUUGUGUCACUUGCCCUGAACAUUUGCUCCAAUCUUGAGUUUUCUAAGUCGCUCUGGAUAAGGGUGUCUGCCAAAUGCCAGAAAUGUGAACUUGACGUUCUGAAGUUAAUUAGCUGGACACUAUGGCACUGUCCAUCAAGACUACACACUUUUUUUUCUUCAAAAUUAAAAAAGGUCAUUUAAAACACAUUUAAUGAAUUGAAAACUUGCAAAUUUCAAAGGAAAAAAAACCCUGUUGAAAUUUCGGAGAUACAUUUGAAACAACUAUAUCUAGAAGAUCUAGAAACUCAUCCACUGUUCGGAAAGAUGAACAAAUGAAAGAUUUUUUUCCCGAGUAAUUAACCAAAGCAGUAGAUAAAGUGACCACGACCCUGACCAGGAUAAAGACAGAAAGAAAAAAACAACAUUUUCCCACAAAUCCCUGGCAAAUGCUGGCGGAUCAGACGGAUGAAUUGUUUCCAGAUGUGCGCCGAGCGACUAUAUAAAACAGAGAAGAAACAGUCUGUUGUGAAGAUACUUUAUAAUAAGGGAGUAUUUUUUAAAAAAGAACAAUCUCCUGAUCUUCUUUUCUAUUGGCUCACAGAAUUCACAGGUUAAAGGCCACCUAGAUAAAGUCACUGUAAAGUGAAGUACACCAGGACAUGAUACAGAUGCGUCUUUCACAUUCCACGUCCUUUCCCUUUCUGUGAUUUUUCUAAUCCAGAAAAGCAGUUUUUAGAUGAAUUUAGCUGGACUGAUUUUUAAAAAUUGGAAAUGGUCUGAUCUAAACUCUAGACCUUGUUAGUUUAGCACUAGGAUCCAUGGUGUCCCUGGUAGCUCCAAAAUAGCACCAGCUAGUGACAGGGAUGGGAUGAGAUGUGCUAGCUCAGUGUUUAAGGUGCUGGACUUCUGCUCAGAAGAUUGUGAACUUAAAUCCCAGGUCCGCCAUUCUGCCACUGUUGUGCCCUUUUGCAAGACCCUUAACCUUCAAUUUCAGAUAAAAAUUAAAAUGAGCCUGAAGUUUCAUGAGCCAGAAGUUUUUGAUGCGUCAGUUUAGAACAUGGAAAACACUGCUCCUCUCCUAUUGGUGGAGACAAACUUCUCAUUUGCAUAAAAUUAAAGUUUGAUGACAUAGCAUUAUUAAUUUUACUCGGAAUGUGAAAGUUCUUGAAAAUCGCUAUAACUAAACACUAUAGCUAGCUGUUGAUGUCGGCGUCUCUGCCGUAGCUGAUAGAACUUUCUCGUUUUUUUAGUGUUUUGUUUUAAAAUAUGGUCUAUGUAUCUGUUCAGCCAUUGUGACUACCAUCAUGUGUUCGAGGAGAAGUUUUUGGUGGUGAAGUCAGACUUCUGGACCUUCUCUGUCUCUCAGUCCUACACUAGGCUAGAGAGAGAGAGAGAGAGAGAGAGAGAGAGAAUGAAGGGAAAAAUAAAAUAUGGACCUUAAAUAAAGUUCUCUUGUUUUUUUUUUUCUCACGUCUGUUUACCACAAACAACAAUAAAACACAACAACCUCAAUGUCUACAUUUUUCUGUACCUGUUGCAAUACCAGUUCCAUAAAUGCUGUUUUUUUAUUUCUAUAUAUAUAUAUUUGUUAUGUAUCUAUUAUAUACAGGCUGUAAGUUAUUACUGUUUAUUAGUUUAUAAGCAUGAGUACCGUGAUAUUAAUAUAUUUCCUUGUAAAUGUUCUGUAUGGGAAACACAUGCAUCUAUGUAAUUAUGUAACUAUGUAGAUAUUUAUAAGAUUACAAACACAGUCAUAGUCAGGAGUCUGGACCGUAUGAGUGUGUGUGUGUGUGUGUGUGUGGAAGAAUUUCACUUAGUGCCUGUUUUCUAAAACUCUUUGUUUACUGAGAUUUCUAGAGUUCUAUCCGACUUUAUGCAGAAAAGAAGAUCAUGUAAUUCAAAUCUUUAUAUAAAGGCAUUAAUAAAUGAAGUGAAAGAUGGAAAAAAAGGUGUACUAAUUUAAUUGGUUGGUUAAGCCUGUUUUGUUUGACUAAACGGAAGCGUUAUCUACUUAGCGCUGAGCCGCUGUUGCUAAUUAAUUAUUAAAGUUAUUGUCAUUAAUGGAAUUGUUUACAUGCAGCUUCAUUCACAUAACUGGCAGUUUGCCCAGAUUUAUUCCUGCUAAUGAUUCUAAUAACCUGCUAAUUAUGCUAAGGUUCUGCUCCAACGUAGCUCUCAAUUCUCAAAUUCUCAACAGGUAACUAAUCCAUGAGUGUUAGAUAUUUUAUAUAUAUAUACACUACUCACAAAAAGUUAAGGAUAUUGGGCUUUCAGUUGAAAUUUCAGGAUGCACCUAAAAUGCACUAUAACCUUUCCAGGUGAACUUAAUUUGACCUUCUCUACACUUUUGAAUGCACAUGUCCAACUGUUCAGUGUUUCAGUACUUUUUGCAGAACUUGCUGUUCUCUAACAAGGUGCUUAACGGCAAAAUUCACAACUGGUGUUUGAUCCAUGAAUCCACCAAUAAAUUUUCUGGUUCCAUUAGAAUUGGUAUUUAAACAGACCUCUUCAUCAUACUGUUCACAUUUUGACAUCAUGAGACCAAGACCACACCUAACAACUGAUCAACAGAACCUCGCCAUUGUGAGGCUUCAAACAGGAUGUUCUCAGAGGGAAGUGGCCACUGAGCUUAGAGUGUCACAGAGUGUCAUCAGCAGGUUGGGACAGAGAUACAGAGAGACUGGAAGAGUCACAGAAAGGCAUAGAAGUGGACGUCCUUUGGCCACAUCCCACGUUGAUGACCGCUUCAUUGUGAACAGUGUCCUGCGGAACCGGAUGAUGAAUGCCACUCAACUCCAGGCACAUUUAAGGGAGGUGAGAGGAACCCAAGUGUCACGUCAGACCAUUCCAAACCGUUUACAUCAGCGUGGUCUGCGUGCUAGACGACCUGCAAGGGUACCUGACCACAACACCAGGCCAGGGAGCAUUUACACUGGACGAGGGACCGGUGGGCCUCAGUGCUGUUCUCUGAUGAAAGUCGAUUCACGUUGAGCAGAAAUGAUGGCCACCAACGAUGUUGGAGACGUCAAGGAGAGCGCUAUGCAUCAGCCACUGUUGUGGUGGUGUUACAGUCUGGGCAGGUGUGUCCACUCAAUACAGAACUGCCCUACAUCUUGUGAAUGGUACAGUGACAAGCCAAUACUACCUGAAUAACAUCAUUAAUCCAGUCAUUGUGCCCCUGCAUGAACAACACAGGCCUAAUUUCAUCUUCAUGGACGACAAUGCUCCAGCUCAUCGAGGUCGCAUCAUUAAGGAACGGCUGCUCGAGGCUGGGGUACCUCAAAUGGAGUGGCCUGUACUUUCUCCAGACCCG